AAUUAAACAGCCUCGUGCGUUUAGCCUUACUUGUCGCAUUCUCUCUCAUAUAAUUCAAUUUGAAUAUCAAAGCUCUGACACUGGCACUACUCAUUUUAUUAAUAAAUGAUAUAUAGGUGCACUCCUCUUGAUUCACAUCUCCAAUAUCACUCUUCGGAUCUGCCUCUAAAGAUCAGUAUCCGGGGCAGAUUGCAGAGUGGAGUUCUCAUGGAUCAUACACCCUGUGAUUUUGUGAUUGAUGUUGAGAUGUGCAACAACACCAUUGAAGAAGUAGCAACUACUCAUACUAUUUCCAUUGAUAAAGUAGGAAAUAGAUUUUUCAACAACAUUUGUGAUGAAGAACAACUUAUUAGACCUGAAAAUGGGUUUCGUAUGAUUAGCAAUGUAAAGGAUGACGAUGAGCUUUCUCCGGAGAAUGUAAAGGUGUUGGUAGACCAUAAGGUUAAGGGAUUAGUGGCUGAAAAUGGCGUAGAGAAGAAAAAUGUGAAAGAUAAGCGUAAAUCCGGUAGUGCUAAAAAGCCUCCUAGACCUCCAAGAGGAUUAUCUUUGGAUGCUGCUGAUCAGAAGCUUAUUAAAGAGAUCGCUGAACUCGCAAUGAUGAAACGUGUACGGAUUGAGAGAAUUAAGGCUUCGAAGAAAAUGAAAGCAGCAAAAGCAUCUUCAAAUUCAUCAUCAUCAUCGACCAGCAGUGUCCUUGCCUUUCUCUUCACUGUCCUCUUCUUUCUCGUGCUGUGUUUUCAAGGUAUGUCCUCUGGAAGUUCCACUGUGAUUUCUCACGAUUCCCCUCAACCAAGUGGAUCAAGAUCGAAUAGCUUUAUUAUUCAACAAUACUACUCUGAUCUGUCUGCCAGAACUGCUACUAAAAGUGCUGGCUCACACAAUUUAGUAGGGCAGAUUUCUGGAUCAGAUCCUAAGGACAGCCCGAAAAGUGUAGCGAGUUGAAGUGUAGUGUGAUUGCCGAUUGGGGGUGAAUUUUAGAUUAUGCAAAUAUGAAUAGGAACUGCCAACAUGCCUAUGAUUUUGUGCAAGCUCUCUGAAGAUCUGCAACAUUUGUAUACCUUGUACAGUGAUAUAUGUUGUUUGGUGAGAGAAUUAAUUGUUUCUGCAGCAUGCUAAUUGAUAUACUGAGUGAUAGUUUUCUUUAGGAACUACAUUUGUGACAAAAUAAUGAUUGUCUUUUACAAUAUAGGUAGGAUAUAUAUAGUUCACCGAAGAGUGAUAGUUUUGCGGGUCUUCUUAAUUCCCUCGAAUGGCGAAUAGAGGAGAAGGUAAAAAGACCCUUUUAAGCGCUACUAAAGUCUUCUACAUUAUGCAGAGUACUGGGCCUAAUCAGCGUCUUUUCUUCUUAUCAGUUGGAAUUUUGUACUUAAAAAGUGUAAUGUUGUUGAAAUUGAUAAGGAAAUUUAUUAUUAUGUGUUUGGCAACUAA